GUCUGAAGAGGCAUGGUACUUGUGGUCUCUAGCUCUGGCGCAGCAUUAGGACAUCGAGCCUGUCAUAAUCUCCAUCCGAUCUGGAAUAUUCUCUAUUUCGAUAGCAUCUCGAUGAGACUGUUGAAGUGUUGAACCAAACAAAGAAAAGCAAAAACAAAAAGCCUCUGGAUUUCGAUCCCGAUUUAUUUGGAUUUCAAUAAUAGCAUGCUCGGUCCCAACUAAAUGGGAACCGCGGUGGAACAAUGGAGGAAACUCCUCCACCAAUGUCUAAUCCAGCGGAUCGACGCCAAUGAAUUCAAGAGCCUUUCCAAGCUCUUACUGCGUCGUUCACCCCUGCCCGAAGCCACUCUGCUGGAUGUGGUUCUCGAGUCCCGGACCGUCACUGAUGUCCAGUGGGACCCGCUACUACCUCUGUAUGUCGAUUCGUUAGCUAAAUUGGGCCAUGUCAAAAUAUCGACUGUCCUUUCUUCCGCGCUGAAGUAUUCGACUAUUGUCGAUAAUAAGUCUGGGGAUUCGCCGGGUGGGACAGCGGCGGCGGGGGAGGAAAUCAAGAAGAAGAAAGGGAGGAAAGUAUCCUCAUCGCUCAUGACUGAUAUCCGGAUUAUUCAAGAUGCCAUGAUGACGAUUUCUGCUGGGUUUUCACCCAAGACUACAGUGGAGGCCGUGAAUAUCUUCUCUGCUGUUGCGGAGUGGAUCAUUGCUGUUGUCGCGUGGCAUAAUGGCAAUGUCGACGAGCAGCAUCAGACCGGUGGUUUGAUGAAUUCUCCCGAUGGGAUGACGUUGUUUGAGUCCCUGGGUAUUUUACUUGCUGCGUUGUCGGCGACGGGGAAGGCGUUGGAAGCGCUGGCUAUGGGAAACUCUGAAGCCUGGAAAGUGAAACUGGGCCAGGCCCUUUCUGCCUAUCUUCCACUUUGUGCGGGGGUGUCAUUGCCUUUGCGGAAUCGGCUGGAUAGCUUGCAGAAAGAGUUCAAUCUCUAUGGUGAUUCUGCGUCCAAGUCGUUAGAAGUGUCGAUGAUGGAUGGUGUCAAUGUGAAUGCGUUGCAAUUUGAAGCUUCUGUUAUUGAUGGGCCAGUGGUCAACUCGAGAGCCGGUUUGUACGUCUAUGUUAAUGCCAUGCUGGUGGGACGUCCUCUUGUCGAUGAUAGCAUGUUGAUCAACUAUCUUACCAACCGUUAUGGGGGACAUCAUGGAGUGCUCGUCGAAGAACUCAUUACGGCAGCGUUUGAUGUACUCUCCAACGCGAUGUAUCGGAACGAGUCCAGUCGGACGAUGUUCGUGUUUCGAUCAUUCCUUGUGAAUAAGUUACCGUCCUUUUUCGCCAGUAUGUCGGCUGCGUCGAUGGAGCCAAUCCCUAUGGAACUCUGCAUCAGUAACGCUCUCAACCGGGUUGAUCCGAAUGCUUUCCCGUCAUUCUCUCAGAUGUUCGCCAUGCAGGGGAACACGGUCCUUUCUGAUGUGCGACAAGAGUUCCUAUUUGCCUGUGCUACGCACAAGCUCAUCCCUGAAUCCAGUAUUGAGCGCUUGCUGGGCGAAAAUCCGAUGCAGACUCUUUCAGCCAGUGGUCAAUACGUCAAGGAUGAACUUGUUUCUCAGAUUAAUGCUAAUCCUGAGCGGGCGGAACAUCUCAUCGGCGAGAUCGAGUCGAUGGAAGGAAACGCCGGCGCAAUAGUCGCUGCAAUCACGGAGGUUAUGCACAAUCUCUGCGACCAGAAAGAGACCAUGACGUUGAAAAAUAUCUGCAACUCUUUGUCUCGACGGCCCCAGGCGCUCGAUGUUAUACUGCUCUUCCGCAGUCCGAAGACGGUGCUGCAGCCUCUAUGUGCCUUACUGGAUGCGUGGCACUGGGAUGAAGACCAAGGCGAAAAUCAGCCUGUAUAUGAUGAAUUCGGGAGCAUCCUACUGCUGGUGCUCGCCUUCAAGCAUCGAUACAAUUUAAGCCAAUAUGACCUUGGAAUCUCGACUAAUAAUUCAUUCGUGCUAACACUCCUGGAUCGCGGUCCCAGCAGCCAGAAACUGGAUGAUCUGACUGAUUCUCAACACAAGAACCUAGGUGCUUGGAUUUCGGCUCUCUUCAUUGCUGAAGGAAUCAGCGAGGAGUCCAUGUCUUCAUGUAGUCCUCAAGAAUUCUACAUGCUCGUUGCUACUCUGUUCAGUCAAAGCCUAGGCGCAUGUGAGGCCGGGAAGCUCGAGUUUGAUACUCUGAAGGGAGGAUUCGAAUAUUUGCUGGAGCCAUUCCUGCUUCCGUCACUUGUUGUCGCUCUUACAUGGCUAGGAAACUAUAUUUGGGAAUCAGAAAGCGACCCAACGAUUCCACUGAAGGUCCUAUACUCCCUCGUGAAACCAAGUUCUAUCUCAGGAGAAGCACAGGCCAUCCAUCGGACAGUUCUACAGAUCACGGCACGAACAUUGGAAGAACAGCUGAAAGACGUUCGCACCCGCCAGCCGUCUAGGUCGGAUAUCAAGCCCAUCCUUGACGGUCUCGAACCGUAUCUGUCUUUCCAAAGGACAGGAAGCUGUCAUCGGUCCGAGCUUGAAGGCUGGACAAAUUCCAGUGGUGGCCUGCUGGGUAGCAUCAGAAACACUUUCCAGUCCCUUGUCCUCUGGAGCACGAAUCCUGUGAUAAGCAUGACGCCUCAUUCAUAUACGCAUCGUCAGAUCUUGGCUGGAAUUCGAAUUCUAGGUGCUUCCCGAGUGCUCGCGGCUUUGAUUGAAGAACUAAAGUUACAGACCGAAGCCGGCAGUGGCGAUUUGGCACUUGAUGUCGCUGUGACCCUGGUUUGCUCCCCGAUGGCGGAAUCCUUCGCUGUUGACCAAAGCUUCUAUCAUCCUAUAGAUCCUAACAAGGAUGCUUUGCCUCGAUGUCCCAUACUCACCCUCCGAGACGCCCUCAUCAUCCAGCAUGAUGACGUGCCAAAAAUAUCGGAAAAGGAUCCACUGCGCGCAGAAGUUAUCGUACGGCUGUACCGCCGUCUGAACAAUUUGAUGGCGCCUCCGUCCCAGGUGACCAACCUCGAUGUUAGCAAUAUAAUCCAGAAUAUGAAUCUGGAUGGCGUUGGCGAACACGGGCAGAUGGGCCUUGGCCCUGGCGAACAUGGAGUUGGGCAAGGGGGAGUAGGUGACGAAGAUCCGGAAAACAUCAAUCAGAUGCUCAAUGAAGCUGCAGCCGCAGCCGCCGCUGGGGUCGACCACGGCGUUGGCCAAGGCAUGGGUCUUGAUGGUUCCGGAGCUGGUCUCCACGCAAACAUUGAUGACAUGCUAAACAGCGCUGAUAUGGGAGUUGGUAAUCCGGAGUUCCUUGACUUGGAUAUGGAAGGAAUGUUUUAGGAAACUGCGUGUACGAUGGCUGAUUUACGUUUGUCUAUCUCAGAAGCGAUGUGAUGUUAUAUAUUCAAGAUACUACUUGAGGAAUGUCUUAAUAUGGUAUGCUAGGAUUUCAACAUACGGUGUCACUUACUGGUGAUGACUAGAGACUACAUCGAUCUGUAGAAUUGCAGUACCAUAGCUAUAUCCGAGUCUCUAAUUGUACUGUGCUUGUUCCUCAUAUGGAUUCCCAAAUCACCGCGCUAACUAAAAAUACCAUCCAGGACUAUUACUUCUCGUGCCAAUCAGUCCCGUUUCACACAACUAAACAUCCUGAAACCGAGAUAGAAUGAGCAUCUCCAAAC